CGGUGGAGCGCGUAGCCACGACGGACGCCAUGCCUACUCGCGCGGCCGACCGCUGACCGGUGACCGCUGAUCGGUGACGCGUGGUCGGCGACGGGUGACCGGUGACCUGAGGUCGCCGCGGUGCCAGAGGGCCAGUCUGACACCGGCGGUACUGGUGGCGGCCGGUGACGCGACAGCCGCGAGCUGCGACGGACACGGCGCCGCGGCGUGUCAGAGAGGGUGCCCGCCCGGUGGGGACGCGACCGAGGCCGGUCGGUGAAGUGACCCUCUCCCAGUGUGGACAGAGAGACUGGUGCAGGCGGCGGCCGGAGGAGUCGCUUCCAGUCCGAAGCUCGGCCAGAGGGGCCGCCGCUGCAUAAAGCGCAGUGCGGCGGGGUCUGACCGACGCCCGUCUCAGUGCGUGGCCGUCAACAGGCAUCGAUGCCAGUGAGAUAGCUGCCCAGUCAGUGAGUGCGUGAACAGAAGGCGUCAGGUUUGGUGUGGAGACGUCGGUACCAGCCCCGGUCUGAAGACGGCGGUGCGGUGGACGUGCCGGUGACGAUGGCGAAGGCCGCGCUGGUGCCCGCCGCCCUGUGGCGCUGGAUGGUAGUCGUGUCGCUGUGGACUCUGGGGCAGGCGUCGUGGCAGGAGAACCUCCGGCCCCGCAGAUACGUCCGACUCGAGCGUGCUGCGACCGACGCGUUCAGCGCCAACCACAGCGGGCGCGACUACUUCCGCAUGCUGUAUAGAGACGACCAGUUCGUCGUCAUCGGCGCCAGAGAUGCCGCCUACAACAUAAGCCUGGCGGAUCUGACCGAGGUGGCGAAGCUGAGCUGGGCCUCGAACGCCUCAACAGUGGAGCUGUGUCGUCUGAAAGGGAAGCCGGUGGUGGAGUGCCAAAACUACAUCCGCGUGCUGGUCCGCAAGGCUGACGGCGGCCUGUUCGUCUGCGGCACGAACGCCUUCAGCCCCAAGUGUCGCCACUACCGAGUCACGGAGGAUGGUUACCAGCUGGAGCCGCGUCAGGAGGAGCACGGCGUGGGCUUCUGCCCCCACUCGCCCAUCCACAACAGCACCAGCACAUACGUGGACGGUCAGCUGUACGUGGGCACGGCGGCUGACUUCUCGGGCCAGGACCCUCUCAUCCUGCGGGACCGGCUGCGGACCGACAAGUGGGACACGGUCUCCCUGGACGAUCCGGAUUUCGUCAGCUCUUUCGCGAUGGGCGAUCACGUUUACUUCUUCUUGCGGGAGACGGCUGUUGAGUACAUCAACUGUGGCAAGAGGGUGUACUCACGUGUCGCUCGGGUGUGUAAGAGCGACCUGGGUGGCCCCAGCCGCUUCAAGCACACUUGGACGUCCUAUGUGAAAACGAGGCUCAACUGCUCCGUCAGCGGGGACUUCCCCUUCUACUUCGACGAGAUCCAGGCGACCUCGGACGUCGUGGAGAGCAGCUACGGCGGCGCCAAGAACCGCCUCAUCUAUGGCGUGUUCAGUACGCCGCCGAACGCCAUCGGCGGCUCUGCUGUCUGCGCCUUCCGGCUGCAGAGCGUGCUGGACGCCUUCUCCGGCCCGUUCAAGGAACGAGCGUCGCUCAACUCCAACUGGCUGCCGGUGGCCGCCAGCAAGGUGCCUCAGCCAAGGCCUGGUCAGUGCGUCAACAACAGCAAGACGUUGCCGGACAUGACGCUGAACUUCAUCAAGACGCACCCGCUGAUGGACGAGGCUGUGGGCGCCUUCUUCGGCGGUCCGAUCCUGACCAGGACCAGUCUCAGUUACCGGUUCUCGGCGGUGACAGUGGACCCGCGCGUCCGCCUGGUCGGCGACGGCGAGGGCAAGAGCCACCAGCAUGUGGAUGUGCUCUUCGUCGGAACCGGUGAGUACCCGCCGUUCGCACAGCUACACAUUAGCCGGACCGGCGAGCCGCGGCUGGUGGCCAGCUCCGACUCGGCGGUAAUCGGUCUGCCGCUGCACCGCUGCUACACGGACAAGAUCACCGUCUGCGGGGACUGCGUGGCCCUGCAGGACCCGUACUGCGCGUGGGACCUGCGCCGCCAGCGCUGCUCCUUUGUGGACCCGCAGCGGUACACGGGGCCGGAGUUCGUGCAGAACGUGCGCGACGGCGCGUCGCGACAGUGCCCCGAAGGAGCGACCAAGCGCAGCCGGCUGAGCGUGGAGGACAGGCGCUCCGGGGCGAAGUUCGGCUCCGACCAGCCGCUCUCCUUCCAGUCAGAGCAGGGCAGCCGGCGGCCCGACCGGCCCUCGUCCUCCCAUCCCGCUGGCGCCGGACAAGGUCAGCACCGGGCAGAGGUCACCGAUGGCACGGCUCAAGGUCGUCACGGAUGGGGCACCAAGGUCGAAUGGGCCAGAAUUCGAAGUAGAAAGGGUUCGAGUGACGAGAGGGUUCAAGGUUCAAACCAGUGUGGGCUAUGUUUCAGGGUAGGGGUUCGAGAUUGUCCUAGCAGUUCGGAGACAGUCUCGGACGAGCUGUUCACGGCCGGCACGCUGGCACUGGCCGUGCUGAUCACGGCCAUCUCAGCGCUGGUGCUCGGCUUCGUGGUCGGCCACUACUGCGCGCGCCGCUGCCACAAGGACGACGUCAACAUGCCGUACGCCGACACCGACUACACCUACUUCGACCAGCGGCAGAAUGUCAACACAAGGCUGGCGCACGACCCCACACUUCUGGGCGAGGAGGUCACCUACUCAGAGCCGGUGCUCAUACCCACCAACAGCAUGGUCGGCACGCUGAAGAAAAACCAGACGGACGGCACGCUGCCGCUCCAGUACUCAGACAAGUACGAGGGUUCGAUGCUGCCGCUGCGUGGAGACGUGUACGGCACCCACCAUCGGCAGCUGCGCGGCCGCCCCCUCCAGCUGGAGGACGCAGGGAUGGCCGAAGAGCUGCCGUACCGGCGAGACAUGACCAGUCGCCACGAGCCGCCGAUGAGCGACGGCUACGCCACCACGCGGAGCGUCCGCAGGGUCUACCUGUAGGGGCCGCCCACAGAUGGCAGGCGCUUCGAGCCCGGGACUUUGCAAAUUUUAUAGUGGCUAACGUGUCAGGCCGUGCCUGAUGCUGCUGGACUUCUCAGUGGGCUCUGGUGUGCUGCUGCUGAUUCGACAUGCCACCACACGAUGUGGCACGGACUCGGAUCCGCGGACCACCUGAGAGGAUGCUGAGCUCGCAACACCGGCAGGUUGAGUGCAUGCGUCCGUAUGUGCAAGUGUGCGUGCGUGCCGUUUUCCUUCUUCAUUGAUCUCAGAGAUGCGGCAGGUUCGCCGACCACGCCGACCACAUCACUGUGGAAGUCGGUCCGCGAACGGCCGCGAGGCGACGUGUGUGGCAGCGCCGCCCAGCGGCCGGUUGGACAAUUUCAAGUGCCAAGACGCACAACUAGGCGCCGUCGCCGAUAGUUUGUCGGUGGAUUAGAAGUGGACUGGUCUGUACGCGCUAGAGCGGAGUGUCCGUCUUUGCCCUGCAGUCGACGUUUCGUGUGUCAGCGCUCCCGUCUGCCCGAGCUCCAUACACAG